UGCUCCGCUGCGCCUAGGCGGGUGCCCUGCGGCGCGGGGGUGCCCCCUGGCGGCGGGGCGCAGGCGGCGCCAUGGCGGAGCUGGGCGCCCACCUCACGGCCGCCUCGGCCGGUGACGACCGGCCCUCCAUCUUCGAGGCGGUGGCCCAGGACAGCCUGAUGGCCGCCGUGAAACCCGCCCUGCAGCACCUGGUGAAGGUGCUUGCUGAAGCUAAUCCUGGCCGAUACGGCUUCCUCUGGCGCUGGUUUGAUGAGAUCUACGUCGUUCUGGAUUUGCUGCUCCAGCAGCACUAUCUGGCCAGGUGCAGCGCCUCCUUUUCCGAAAACUUCUAUAGCUUAAAGAGGAUACCAAUAGCAGGUCACAGACAGCAGCCUCUGGCCUCUGCUGGCCUGCCAAAGAAGCAGCACUGGAAGUCUCUCCUCUUGCUGGUUCUUGUUCCUUACCUAAAAGGAAAGCUAGAGAAACUGGUGUCCAGCCUGAGGGAAGAGGAUGAGUACUCCAUCCACCCUCCAUCGUCAUCCUGGAAGCGCUUUUACACAGCCUUUCUAGCUGCCUACCCCUUUGUAAACAUGACCUGGGAGGGUUGGUUUCUUAUCCAGCAGUUGUGCUAUAUCCUUGGGAAAGCUCAGCAUCAUUCACCCAUGCUGCGUCUGGCUGGUGUUCGCCUGGUCAGACUGACUGCAGAGGAUAUCCAGGCCCUGGAGAAGAAGCUGGCCGGAGCCCCUUCAAGUCAAACACACAGCAUCAAAAUACAAGUGCAGUCAGCAGUGAGGAAAGCCUUGGGUGGCUUUGCCUUCUCCCUGUCCACUGGGCUGUCCAUCGGUGUGUUCUUCCUCCAGUUCCUGGACUGGUGGUACUCCUCAGAAAACCAAGAGACAAUCAAAUCUCUGACAGCACUCCCAACUCCUCCACCCCCUGUGCACCUCAACAACGGGGCCAGCUCAGCUCUCCUACCCAAACUGAAGACUGUGUGCCCUCUGUGCCGCAAAAUUCGCGUUAAUGCCACGGCCCUGUCCACGUCUGGCUUUGUAUUUUGCUACCGCUGUGUGUACAGUUACGUGAAGACUCACCAGCGCUGCCCCAUCACGGGCUACGCCACAGAGCUGCAGCACCUUGUCAAACUGUACUCUCCUGAGGGCUGAAAGGCCUGCCCCAGGCAUUCAGGGACACAUCUCUGAGGCUGGUGACUGGGUAGCAGUGAGCCUAAAUUCGCCCCUUCUUAUGUCCCAUAGAACAUAAUCGAUCACUGCAGCUCAUCGGUGAGCUCUAAAGCUCCUUUGAACUUUGUGGUACAUCAGAGUUUUGCUGCCUCUGUGAAUUCCGGUAAGACUCUCCCCUUUGUUUAUUAGCUGUUCAAACAUCCCGUGACAGUUUCAGAGGGAUCAGACAGGCACAAGCUGUCAGCUAGCACAGAAAUGCCUUCAAAGACCAAUAAAAAGGGAAGAAACAUUGGUUUGGAUAAGAAUGCAGACGUGAGGAUCAAAGACCAUUGCUGGUAAAAGUCCUGCUCGAGGGCAUAAGCCAGAAAAUUUAAAGAGGUAGGGAAAAUUUUCUAAGCGUUAUUCCUCCCUUACCAGCUUCCCAGGUGCUCGCACUGCCCGGGCAAGCUCUGGCACUAAUGCUUGUCAGAGACAGGCUUAAACCUGUGCUCUGAUUGUGCUGUUCUUCAGUCUCCCUGCGUUUUCAGGGUACUCACCUUUGAACUGAGAACGUCACACCCCUAAUUCCCUUCAACCAUUCUAAAUUAAGACUUUUGACUAUUUAGAGGAGCAAGAGGUGAUGUGUACAAACAAGAGUACUAGAGGGGCUUUACAUUUUCCGCAUGAGGGAGAAAAAUGCCAAACCAGAUUAAAGCAGCAACUGUGCCAAACUAUGAGAGUUGGGUUUUGUUAAAAAAAGUCUUUGUAUCUGUUAUUUGCUUCCAUAAAGCAAAAAUCUUUCUUGAUUGAGAAAUUAACUUAAUUAUUUUCUGGUUAUUGGAGAAACAGUUAGCCCCUCUAGGGGCUCUAUUGACCUGAGGGAGACUAGACUAAAGCUGCUUUCAUCUUUGCAGAGGAUAGUGGAUAUGAGAUUAGUAUUUUGUAGGCUUAGAAUCUUUAAUGUCUGUGUUUAAGUACUAUAUUACAGUUAUUUCAGUCCCAAACACGUAGCACAUCAGUAUCAUAACAAAGCAUCCUUUCCUUGAACAGAGGAGGAAAGAAAGCAUGCAUGACAUGAUGGCGGGUUCUUGCUUGACACCUGAUUUUUCAUGAUACAAGGUUUUUUCUUGACUCGGCUCUAGGGAGCAGCAGGCAUCACAGUGACAUUGCUUAUAGAAUACAAAGAGUAAAGUUUGUUGCACCAAGUGCAAGGUCUUUCCAGAUGAAGAGAUAUGUUCUAACAUUUAAUCCACUGAACCAGUCAUCUCAUUUUUCCCCCGCUUUAGCUCUGCUUCAGAAGAUAAAAAUCUCUAAUAUCCUCCCUCACCUGUAAGCAAGACAGCAAGGUUAUUGAAUAAUGUGGAAAAAAUACCAUAAUUUGCAUCCUCCCAGAGAUGCUCUAGGAAACGCCUACUGUAACAAAUGAGAUUCCCCAACACUUACUAUCCCUAUACAAUUUCCAGAUCUUUCUACCUCUGCCGCUAUGGAAUAGUAAUAAAAAAGAUCUCAUUUCUCCUUUC